UUCUCAUUCAAAAAAUAUACAAAUAAAACGAGAGAGAAAAGGAAAGGAAGAGAGUGUGUGUGUUGGGGAAAAUGGCAGCAAGGCAAAUGGAAGACAUACAGAGAAAGCUGGCGAUGCUGAAUUACCCAAGAGCCAAUGCUCCUGCUCAGUCUCUCCUCUUUGCCGGCAUGGAACGCUACGCUCUUCUCGAGUGGCUCUUCUUCCGGCUAUUGGGUGAUAAAUCACCUUUCUCUCAACAAAGUACACAAGGGGACGCCAUGGAUCGUGAUGAAGAGACUUCUCGCAUCCAAUAUUUGGCAGAGAUCGCAAAGUUUCUAGGCAUUACGACUACCAUAGAUACAGAAGCCAUCCAAGGACGAGGAAGCUAUGAGGACCGCACUGAAAUGCUUCGUCUUAUUGUAGAUCUUGUGGAGGCAAGCAUCUAUGCUGAUAAUCCAGAAUGGAGCAUUGAUGAGCAGAUAGCAAAGGAUAUACAACUUAUAGAUUCUAUUGCAGAAAAACAAGCUCAAAUAUUCUCUGAAGAGUGCAAGUUGUUCCCUGCAGAUGUUCAAAUUCAAUCAAUAUAUCCACUGCCAGAUGUUUCUGAGCUGGAGACUAAGCUUUCAGAACAAUCUAAGAUACUGUUGAAUCUUCAACAGAAGGUUGAUGAUUUGGCAUCAAAGCAUGCUUACAACCCAGAUGAGGAAUAUGCAGGGGUGGAAUCCCAAUUGCGGGCACAUUUGGAAUCUUUUCUAGAAACUGCAAGAUCAUUCAAUAUGAUUUACACCAAGGAAAUUCGGCCCUGGACACACAUGAUGGAGGUACCACAGCUCCAUGGGUUUGGCCCUGCUGCAAAUCGCUUAUUGGAGGCAUACAAGAUGCUUUUGAAGUUCCUAGGGAACUUGAGGAAUCUUAGAGACUCCCAUGCAGCUCUCGCUGUUGGAUCAUCUGAAACAAUUGCUGGUGAGCCCUCUUCUGUAACGAGAAUAAUCUCUGAGUGCGAGUCUGCAUUAACAUUCUUAAAUCAGGACCUUGGAAUUCUCUCGGCUUCCAUUGCUCGUGAGGAAGGUGAAGACGUGAAUUUAGGAUGAAAUUAUUACUCAUGUAGUGUUGAUUAGAUGCAGUGUCUUCCAAUUCUUUGGAGACAUUUUGAAAAAUGUAUUAGUUUUUCUAGUAUGAAUGACUUGAAUGUAUGGAGAGUUGAUGUUGGCUGUGUUAUAGUAAUUCAUUUUAGAUCUAAGGCAUGUUGAUGUAGUAUUUGAUAGGUGUGUCACCAUCACCUAUUGUCAUACAUAUAUAUAAUGGGAGGAUUUAUUUAUUUUUGAUUGCUAAGUAAUGAAAGGAUGAGUACAUUAGAUUUUUGUGUUA